GUCAGAGCAAUUUAAAAGAAUUGAUUAGACUAUAUAGUAUGUACGCUUCCAACUUCAAAGCCCAGCUAAACCAUAAGAAGCCGAGCAAAGCGGUGGAGCUGUUGACGUUUCCUUCUCCGGAUAGAAUGAGGGAUACAGCCCACGGUGCAGAAGAGAUGCAGCCCAAUCUUUAUCCGGUACCUAAUGUACAGUAUGGAGCGAAGACGAGGGGGAGACUCUAUUAUCGGGUAUCAUAACAUAAUGUCGUUCGAAUAUACAGCAUGGUCACAGUUUGUUCGGCGGUUUGCCCUUGAACUGAUCUUUAAUCUCUUCCUUGAAAUAUCGAGCGAAACGCUGAAGACCAUCAUCUAGCAAAUGAACAGGUCAGUCUCAGGCGCAACUAACAGCCCAACAUCCCCAAGAGAAAUGAGUCAUACUAUUCUUGUCGAUCUUGGUACCUCCCAUCUCCUCGGGAGGUACACCAUGACGAAUGUGCUGCACCUUCUGAUGGACUCUUCCAACCAUCCGGUGAAACGACGGGC